AUGAAGUACUACGUAUCAGUUACUGGACUCACACUCAAGACAAACCUUUCCUAUCCGAGGUUCAUGUAUCAUGCUGUCCCGUCAUUUACUCAAGCACGAAAGGCAGAGGGGAAUGUGUUUGCCGAGACCAGGUCAAUAAAGGGGUGUCACCAUACGUUGACAGUAUGGGAAGACAAAAAGAGCAUGAGAAAGUAUAUGUAUUCUGGAGCUCACAUCCAAGCAAUGAAAGUUACCAAGGAAAUCGCGGACCUCAGUAACACAAAGACGUAUGGUUAUGAAUCGGAUCAUGUGCCGACAUGGCAAGAGGCAAUUGAACAAUGGGGCAAACAUGCUACUCUCUAUGGCAAGAGCACUGCAAAUACAGAUGAAAACAAAGGAGCAGGGACGCCGCAAGAGACAGCAGCAACAGUUCAUUGA